UCCGGCGCCCGAGUGCCCGGCGUCCUGGGCGCCCGCCAGCGGGUCGGGAGUCCCGCGGCUGACCUCAUCCCUGACUCCCAGCAAGGCCCUUCUGCCACUGUAUUCCCCGAAGCCUCACUUUCCACAUCUGUCUUAUUAAAAAAGUAAUUUCCUGGAUAUUAAUUUGAGGACUAAAGGAAAAGGGUUAGGAAAGCUCUUUCCAAGUUGUGUUCAGCUAUUAUUGCAACACCUUUAAAACAGUCGUUUUUGUCUUCUGCCUGAACCUCGCUGGGAGUUUUUACUGUUUGUCAAAAUCUGGCGGAAUGAAGACACCCAGGACCAGCCCAGCCCCUCUCGUGCCGCGGGCGGCCACGGCCCUGCUCCAGCCGCCUCACUGCACCCCGCGCCCCGAUUCGCCCAAGAAACGGUGGCCCGGCGCCCGCUCUGCCCGGCGCCCGUGGGCGGCGUUGCGGGUGGGAAGGAGCGGGGCGAUGGCCGAUGCUGGAGGAUGGCUGAAGAAGAUGCAGAGCAGCCUAAAGCUGGUGGACUGCAUCGUGGAGGUCCAUGAUGCCCGGAUCCCACUUUCAGGCCGCAACCCUCUGUUCCGGGAGACCCUGGGGAUUAAGCCGCACUUGCUCGUGCUCAACAAGAUGGACCUGGCGGACCUGAGCCAGCGGCAGAAAAUUCUACAGCACUUAGAAAGAGAAGGCCUAAAAAAUGUCAUUUUUACCAACUGUGUAAAAGAUGAAAAUGUCAAGCAGGUCAUCCCAGCCGUCACAGAAUUGGUCAGGAGCAGCUGCCGCUAUCACCGAGGAGAGAAUGUGGAGCACUGCAUCAUGGUCAUCGGGGUCCCCAACGUGGGCAAGUCCUCACUCAUCAACUCGCUCAGGAGACAACACCUCAGGAAAGGAAAAGCCACCAGGGUGGGUGGCGAGCCUGGGAUCACGAGAGCUGUGAUGUCCAGAGUUCAGGUGUCUGAGCGGCCGCUGGUGUUCCUGCUGGACACCCCUGGGGUGCUGCCCCCCCGGAUCGAAAGCGUGGAGACGGGCCUGAAGCUGGCCCUGUGUGGGGACAGGCCUGGGGCUGAGACGGUGCCCUCACCAUCGGCUGCCCGCUUCCAGGGACUGUGCUGGACCACCUGGUGGGAGCGGAGAGCCUGGCUGACUACCUUCUCUACACCCUCAACAGGCAGCGGCUCUUUGGGUGAGUUUGGGUGCGGGUGGCGGCCCCUAAAUGAAGAGCAGGAUGUCACAGACGACAGUGACAGCACUUGUCACUUAGCGUGUAGGUGGACACGUGACACACGGGCACAUCUGUGAAGCCCAUACGGUCCCGAAAGCCCCAGAUUUCUUGUGCUGCUUUGUAGCCCCCGCUACUCCUUCCUGCCCACCUCGCACCCCGACAACCACCUGCCUUCUGUCCUCCGCUAGAACUCCUAGGAGUGGGGUCACCGCGUGUCCUCGCUCAGCACUGCAGUUUCAGACUCCCGUGUUGUCGCAUGUCGGUCGGUCAUGCCUGGUCAUGGCCAGGCAGCAUGGAGUUGUGGGUUCCUCACAGGUGUCCUCUGUCACAUCAAGGCCAUCCGCCUCGCUAGAGGCUCAUCAGGUUUUAGCUUUCCCCUAAAGAACCGGCUUUGGGUUCGCCGACUCUGUUCUGUUUUUUAUUUCAUGGGUUGCUGUUUAUUGUGUCCUGCCUUCUCCUUUGCUGGCGCUCUGUUUUCACGUCAUUGUUGCAAGAAGGGCACUGAAAUUUCUACCUGUAACUCGUUUGUUUCCCUCACAGUUCUGUCAGUUUUUGCUUCGUGUGUUUCGAAGCUCCGUUGUUAGGGACAGACACAGCCACGUGGUGACGUCCUUGAGACGAUGAGGUGCCCCCGUCACUGGGUGUGACCUUCUAGCCUUCAGAAUGCUCUGUGUUCUGAUCUCUGCUUGUCCGACCGCAACGUAGCCGCUCUAGCUUUGCUCAGAGUGAAUGUGGCAGGCCUCUGUCUUUGCACUUCUUGCUGUUAAACCCCUUGUGUCUCUCUCACCCUGUCUGUGUCUCCGUCUGUCUCUCUCUUUGGCCAUUUUUUAGAUUGAUUAGACACUUUUUAUGAUUCCACCUUGUCCCCUUUAUUAGUUUAUUAGCUGUAACUUUGGGAGGAGGAGCCUUGUGCUUUUCAGACCCUCGUUAAGGGACAUUAUAACACGUUGCAUCUAGUGUAAGCGCCUCACGAGAGUGCAGAGUCAGUUUUCAUCCUGAGCUUUGGGCCGUUGUUGUCAUGUGUCUUUUGCAUAUUUUACAAACCCCAGAUACACUGUCGCUGUUUUUGUCUAUACAGAGAUUUAAAGUAUAAGAAAUAAAUUAGCUGUUUGCCCAUCCGGUGGUUUUCCUGGUGUUUACAUCUGGUGGUGUUUUGCUCUGUCUGAGGAUUUCCUCUAACAGUGAUUGGAAUGCAGGUGACGAAAGCUUUCUGAUUUUGGUGGUUGGGUUGUCUUUGUCCCUUUCUGGUUUUUGCCCUGUGCGUGGUAAUAGAGGGACAGAUUUCUCAGUCCCGGACAGGACAGGUGCUGCCCGCCCUCUGCACAGCGCUCCGAUCGUCUGUUCUGUGGAGAAUGUUCCUCCUGCUGCAGCUAAGAUUUCCUCUUGAUCACACUUCUCAGCGGUUAUGACGCUGGGUCCUGCUGCGUUUUUGUCAUGUUUCUUGUGUUUACAUUGCGUUGAGUUCUUGGAUCUGUCUGUGGCUUUGUAGUUUUCAUCAGGUAUGCAUAAUUUCCAACCAUUAUUUUUUCCUGAGUGUUUCUGCCUCCUCUCUUGUUGCCUCGGGACUGCGGUUCCCGCGUGCUGGCAGCGGUGCUGGGUCCUCUGUGGGGUCGGCCUUCGUGGCGGCAGCCCCUCCGGUGCGUCCAGUAUUCACCUCUGCAAGUCCGGAGUGGGUCAUUUUACAUCUUCAUGUCUCCACUGUGUAGCCACGUGGAAUGUGGUCAAAAUAACCAGUCUAAGAUCUUUGUCUGCUGGUCCUGACGGCUGGGCAGCCUGAUGGACCUGUCUUCCUGCUGUGCGUGCCAAGAACUUCUGCUUGGAUGGUAGCUGUUUUGAAUGUUACCUUUUUGGGUGACAGGUGUCCGUGUAUUCUUGUAAAACUCCCUGUACUUUGUUCUGGGACACUUGUUUGGAAGCAGUGUGGUCCUUUCAGGCCCAUGGGUCCAGAGUGGUGCCCCCACUGAGGCAGGCCUGUCCCCGCCACAGCACCCAUGGGUCACGGGUCCCCAUCUGUCCUUGGCUCUGAGUCAACGCUGGCUACUGUCCCCCUGCCCUCCAGCAUGGGGAGCGUCCUUUCUCUGUGUGCGAGUUCCUCCGCUGAAUGUUUUGGGCGGCUUUCUGCAGACUUCUGGAUUCUCUUUCUGGCUGUGACCUUUAGCUGCCUUGGUCUCCCAACACGUCUUGUCCUCAGGCCCUGUGGGGUCUCAUGGUGCCAAACUGGGCCGUUGAGGGCCUGCUUACAUUCUUUGUGGGCUGAUGUCUGGUGGCUCAAAAACCAUUGUUUUGUGUGUUUGUGGCAGUUUCAGAUGGGGUCAUUCCAGUCCCUGUGACUCUAUUUGCGUGGAAGGGGAUUUCAAAUGUAAUUUUUUUGCUUUUUUUCCAUUGAAGGCAGUUUGGACCAUUGUAGUUCUGCCACGUUUCUGGAAAACGUCACAGCUGAGCUCCUGCAGGUGGCAGGUCUCAGGUGUGUGUGUGGGGCCCUCCCCGGGCCUGUUGUCUCCUGGGACAGGUUCUUGCAAUUGUUGGGACAGAGAGGCCGUGGGGCUGCUGCUCUCCAAAGCUUGAUUUAGGAGCUGCAUUUCAUAGGAUCCAGUUGGCGGAGUCUGGGCCCGUGUCCUCGUUGGCUGGAUGCGUCCAGUCCGAGCAGCCGGCUUCCUCCCGGCUGAGCCUCACCCUCUGUGGCCACCAGGCUGGUCCCACCACUCCCUCUGCUCAUUGGGGUUCCGGGAGAAGCAACCAACUUGCUGUGUUGCCCAGUGGGGUGCUGUCAGUCCAGGUGUCUCGCGGCUCCUGGGGUUCUGUCCGUGGGGGUGUUUGUCCCCUUCAGCCACCGUGGCAGCUGUGCCUUGCCUGGCCCUGUGCUGCCUUUCCCGUCAGUCCCAGAUCCCAUGUCGUGUGGGGCGGGGCGUCCGUGAGAGUCGCCGGGCACUCCUUGUGUGGUGGGCACCGAGCCAGCCAUGUACUGUGGGCUACAGGACACGCUGGUCAGACCAACCAGUCCAUUCUCCAGGCGGCUGGAGAGACGCAGGGGACCCCAGCUGGACUGACCUGUGUGUCUGCUCGCAGCCCUGAGCGUGUCUGACAGUGGCCGACGUGCUGGCCUCGGGCCCCAGGCCCCGCUGCCAAGUGGUGGGAUGGGCGACGCCCAUGAACAGCAGCUGUUUUGCAGCCAAGGGCACCAGUGAGGAGCUGGCCUUAGGGUGGUGGGACAGGUGUCAGCAACUCUGGUGGGCCCUCAGGAGGCUCAGGCCCCCACCCACACCACGGCCACUCACACCUCUGAGGGGUCACUGUGGAGCUGGGAGUGACCACGCAGGCUGGCUUUUGCUCCCUCCGGCUGACGGUGGCUCGUGCAGGUACGUGCAGCACUACGGCCUGGAUGGGGCCUGUGAUGACGUGGUGACCGUGCUGAAGCGCGUGGCCGUGCGACUGGGCAAGGCACAGAAGGUC